AUGGCAUGUCAACAUAGGACUACCAGCGUAAUGGAAUGUGUGACGAUGAUCAACAGUGCUUCAACAUUCACGGAUGACGAGUUACAACAACAACAACAACAACAACAACAACAACAACAACAACAACAACAACAACAACAACAACAGCAACAACAACAACAACCAUUUUCCGAUGAUGAUUGUAAAUCUAUUCACGAACUGUAUAAUCCCAUGGAAAACCGCUUCGUCAAAACACUGUCUAAAUAUGAACAAAAGCCCCACGUGUUUGUCUCACAUCAAAACCAGAUACUUGAUUUUGGUGCAUACCGGGUCCGUGAACAACUGAAAAACCUGUGCGAUAUGCCGAAAAACUGA